CACGAGCGCAUCUGCUAAUGAAUCACUUCAUUCGCUUGCUCCAUUUACACGCGGCGCGUUGCGGUUCUCUCGCUGCGUCGCGGGGUGUCAGAUUCCCCAUUCUUCCCAAAGCGAAGAAGGGUGUUUAUUUCCUGACUCGCGUCUCUCGACUGAGUCGGACCACCUCCUCUCUGUCGUCACAUCGCACAGCUACAAAAGCUACAUGGAGGAAUCGGUCGCGGUCGAAACCGGCCAGCAAAGCGAAACGGAACGCGCAGUGUGAGCGUCAGACGUCAAAAUGAAGGCCUUGAGUGCGCUCGUGCGGUCGGCGAGCUCCGCGUGUUCCCGGCGUACGGAGCGCGUCGCGUCGGGGCGAUGCGGACUGUGCAGUAAGAUCCAGCCAAGCUUUGGAUUGUUGUUUGACAUCGACGGAGUCUUAGUCCGAGGAAAGACGCCCAUCCCAGCGGCAAAGAGAGCUUUCCAGAAGCUGGUGGAUUCAAAUGGACAGUUUGUGGUUCCCGUUGUCUUUGUCACGAAUGCUGGCAACUGCUUACGGCAGAAGAAGGCCGAUCAGCUGUUUCACAUACUGGGUGUUCCUAUAACGCAAGACCAAGUGAUGAUGUCUCACAGCCCUUUGAGAAUGUUUAAGAGAUACCAUGACAAGUGUGUGCUGGUAUCUGGACAAGGUCCUGUGCUUGACAUUGCCAAAAAUGUGGGCUUUACAAAUGUUGUCAGUAUUGACAUGCUCAGAGAAUCUUUCCCCCUGCUGGACAUGGUGGAUCACAACAGACGUCCAAAACUACCGUCUUCUCCUGUGAUGAACCUCCCUAGAGUUGAAGCUGUGGUUCUGUUCGGAGAACCCAUUCGAUGGGAAACAAACCUUCAGCUCAUCGUGGACGUCCUUCUGACCAAUGGGAAUCUAUGUAACGUGUAUGAGAGCACUCACACUUCUCAUCUGCCGCUCUUGGCCUGUAACAUGGAUCUCAUGUGGAUGGCCGAAGCUCAUUCACCAAGAUUUGGUCACGGCACUUUCAUGGUGUGUUUGGAGAGCAUCUAUAAGAAGAUCACUGGCAAAGAUGUGAAGUAUGAGGCCCUCAUGGGGAAACCCAGUGAACUGACGUACCAUUUUGCCGAAUACCUCAUUCGAGAACAAGCUGCAGAAAGAGGCUGGAGGGCACCAAUCAGAUCUCUCUAUGCUGUCGGGGACAACCUGAUGACCGAUAUUUAUGGCGCCAACCUCUACAACCGCUACCUGGAAGAACGAGCGGCUAGGAAGAGCACCAAAGCGGUAGCAAAGGUGGUGACGGGCACAGGGCUGCCCACCGCUGUCCCUCAGGAGGUGGAUAUGGACAAUGGUUGGGAAAAUGAGCUUGCUUCGCCCUCCGCCACCUCCUGCAAGUCGAUUCUGGUUUGCACAGGAGUCUACAAUCCCCACAUGGAGUUACCUAAAGAUGCAAACCAAUGUAUCAAGGAGACGGUCUUCCACGGGCAUCGUGACUUCCGCUUUGACCCCGCGCUGGUCGAGCCGGAGAAAAUUGUUCAGGACGUGGAUGCUGCGGUUGAACUUAUAUUUGAGAUGGAGAAAUUUCAGACAGCAGUUUAGUUUCGGUUUGUAUUAACAGUCUGUUACGCCACAUUUUCAUUUUUAGAACGUGCCUGUCGGAGAAACCUCAAUGCUCAAUGAAAUUUUAGUUUAACUAUGUACAUGGUUUGUUUCCAAACAGUGUUUUUAUGAGCUAUUAACAUUUUCGUUUGUCAGUACUCCUGACAGAACAGAUUUGCUUAAACAUGUGACAAGAAUGAUAUUCAGACGUGCUAGAAAACAGGACAAAAAAAAAUGAGUAAAAUGUAUAUUUUGAAAGUGAUGUGAAACUACACCAUUGCAAAUCAUGGAUGUUAAGGGCUCAGAGCUUGCCUUUUAAUGCUGUAUACUCCAUACAUUAUUACUGUAACUUUCAUUCUUUUUAUGUAUUACAGUAAGUUUACAUCGUAAAGCUAAAAUCUUAAACUUAUUGUACGUUUUAGUUGUUUCAUUGUUAUUUUCUGUAGAUUGGUUUGUGAAAAAUGUUAUACUGCAGACGAAUUAAACAUGUUUACCUGUUAACUGUAUUGUGCCAAUAUACAUGUUUAGAAGUCAAUUUAAAGUACUGAACAAUGUUACAUCAGUAAUCGUUACAUUCUCCAUCCUUUUUUCUACUUUUGUGUUGUUGAUGUUACAUUAGGGUUAGUUUUUCUUUUUUUAUUGGGAACAAUACAGUACAGAAUUGCACUGAGAGACAAAACAACCUUAUAGCUAUUGUUUGAAGACAAAGGGUGUUAAUAAAAGUCUAUCACUUAAA